AUCAACUUCCCCGCUUCCGUUUCUCUACGGAAUGGACCCCACUUCUCGCCCCACCGUCGUCAUUGACAACGGUACUGGUUAUUCUAAGAUGGGAUUCGCGGGUAACGUGGAGCCGUGUUUUAUUCAACCAACAGUAGUAGCGCUUAACGAUUCGUAUCUAAACCAGACAAGAGCUUCCUCGAAGCUAAACAUGGCUAACCAAUAUUCAGCUGGUGUAAUGGCAGACCUCGAUUUCUUCAUCGGAGAUGAUGCACUGUUGAGAUCGCGAGCGAGUAAUACUUAUACCCUUAGCCAUCCUAUUAACCACGGCCAGGUGGAUGAUUGGGAUGCUAUGGAACGGUAUUGGCAGCACUGUAUAUUCGCUUAUCUACGUUGUGAUCCUGAGGACCAUUACUUUUUGUUGACCGAGAGUCCACUCACUGCUCCCGAGAAUCGAGAGUACAUGGGUGAAAUUAUGUUUGAGACGUUUAAUGUUCCGGGGCUUUAUAUUGGUGUGAACUCCGUUCUUGCUUUAGCAGCUGGGUACAGUACAUCUAAGUGUGAUAUGACAGGGGUGGUAGUGGAUGUUGGAGAGGGGGCUACUCGUGUUGUACCUGUUGCAGAAGGUUAUGUUAUUGGGAGCUGCAUUAAGUCGAUACCGAUAGCUGGAAAAGAUGUUACUCUCUUCAUACAGGAGCUCAUGAGGGAAAGGGGAGAGAAAAUGCCACCCGAGGACUCAUUUGAAGCAGCUCGGAAAGUGAAGGAGAUGUACUGCUAUACUUGUUCUGAUAUUGUCAAGGAGUUCACCAAGAAUGAUAACGAACUUGCAAAGUAUAUCAAGCAGUGGAGGGGUAUUAGACUGAAGACAGGGGCACCAUACACCUGCGAUAUUGGUUAUGAACGAUUUUUAGGCCCUGAGCUUUUGUUUAGUCCGGAGAUCUAUACCAGUGAUUAUAUAACUCCCUUGCCAGCUCUAGUAGAUAAAUGCAUUCAGUCAGCACCAAUUGACACAGGAAGAGCUUUAUAUAAGAAUAUUGUAUUAUCUGGUGGAUCAACCAUGUUCAAAGACUUCCACAGAAGGUUGCAGCGGGACGUUAAAAAGAUCGUGGAUACGCGUGUUCGGGCGGCAACCGCUCAUCAUGGUGGGGAUAUAAAAGUAAGGAUUUUGCAAAACCAUGUAGUCAGUCAUCCUAUCCAAAGAUUUGCCGUUUGGUUCGGAGGUUCUGUACUGGCAUCGACACCGGAAUUCUUCGCGGCUUGUCAUACAAAAGCAGAAUACGAGGAACAUGGAGCAAGCAUUUGCCGUGUGAAUCCAGUUUCAAGGGGAUGUUUUGAAGCAAAUAUCCAUUUCUCAGCUCAGUAUUAACAGAGCCUUCUCCGGUGACCCGCUAAUUCGAGUUCCAUCAUGCACAUCGGUUCACUUCGAUGAUUCCGGCUUU